GCCAGACGGAAGGAGGUUUGCUACUGUUUUCUUUCCCGCCAAAACAGGAAAUGUCGGUUUGUCUAAUCUCGGAAGUGGAAUUCAUUCUUUCCCCGAACGCCAGACUAUCGCCAGUACACGUCAGUCAGUGGGAGAGUAAGGUUGCGUUUUGCCUGGGCGGACUGAUACGACUUAUUUACUGUAAAGUCACCAUGAACACCAAUGACCUUCCCCCGAGUUACGAAGAUGCCACCAAUUCAGUCCCACCUACACAAACAGACCUCGCUCACCACUACACGCCCCCUCCUCCCUUCGCGUCCCUCCCGGUAACAGCACCUCCUGUACCAGGCAUUCCGCAGCCAACACAGCCCUACCCCACCAACGGCACCCCUCACACCCUCCCCACCUACCGCCGCCCUACUGUUGUCCUGCAAAACCAUGCUCACCAGCCUUCCAACAACUACAAACAGACAAAGACGUGCUUCUUCACAAUCUUCACCAUAAUAAUUGUAACAACCUUAAUAUUGGUCAUUACAUUUACAGGUUAAUGAGUGUGUUAUGCCGCCAGUCAAACGUUAAUUAGUUAGUCACAUGGCCAUUAAGAGUGUUUGAGAAUGAUCGCACAGGGAAAGUUACUGUUUAUAAAGGCUAAAGAUGAGGAAAGAUGCAUUGAUUUGUAACCCCGAUGAAAAGAAGAAACAGUAUCGGCGUUGCGUGAAGAAAGAUGCGGUGAUUUGUAACAGCUAUGGAAAGAAGAAACAGUAUCGGCGCUGCGUGAAGGAAGAUGCUGUGAUUUGUAACCCUGAUGGAAAGAAGGAAAAGUAUCGGCGCUGCAGCAGUGGGAGGAAGUAUGACACGUGGAUAUGUUGGUACUACUGGUAUGAGAGGCGCCAAAUAAUAACGUGUGCCUCUUAUACCACAACAAAUGGUAACGGUACUUAACCCCUUACGUGCGACAUUUUUUUUACCCUCCUCCCCUGGCCAACCAUUUCCGGAUAUUUUUCAACUUUCACUAAGAGAUUUUUUUUUUCUUAUGGGAUUGUAGAUCAUAUUUUUCCGCAUCUGAACUUGAAAUCCGCAACUCUCUAAGUGCUCUGGUUCGGCCGUGGCGGGCCGCCAAAAUCUGAAAAAUGAAGAAAUGUCCUCCCUGCGGGCCAACAGAAAACGGGGGUUUCACCUGUCAAACGCAAGUUUUGCGUAAAAGUAAUGAGUUUGGUGAUUUGGAUGUGUUGCACCACUCUAGAAUGAAUGGUGUGACAUUAAAUAUCAUGACACCACGCGUAUGUCUGCACCAUACAGCUAUCACCUCCUACAACACACACACACAAACACACAUAAAAAGAAAAAAACUAAAUUCAUGGUUCAUUUCUGGUGCACAGGAAGUUUUGUGAGCGAAUGUACGCGUGUAUGUGCGCGACAGAGGAUUACAUGGCGAACAGACAACCCUCCCGCAACGCGCACAAAGGGAGGGCCGAGGGAGGGGAGAGGAGGCGGGAAGAGGGAUUAACAGGGUGGACCAGACCCUCAGUGAAUCUCGUGGGGAUUGGGGUGGUAGACUGCUAGCAUGCAGCGAAGGCCAGCGAUACAAUAGUCAGUCUUGACUUAGAGAAAACAAUAUUUCCAAUGGUGCUAACGCCAGCUCGCUACCUCUUACCGCCAGUUAUUUUUAAACCGCUUGCUAUAUGUAGGCUGAUCGGCAAUACAUUUUCAAAUAUCACCCGCCGAUAUGUAG